AUGGCUUCGAUGGGGGCUCAAGUUGACACAAUUUCUGGAAUGGGGCCAUAUUGUUACCGAAUUCACGGGCAAAUCUAUCACCGACUGGGUGCGCUUCAUCCUCACCAAGGGGAGCAACGUCAAUUCGGUCAAAUAUAUAUUCUAGACACUGCAAUGGCUGCCCUACAGCGCCUUGGGAAUAUGCGGAAUUCGGACUGCGACCCUAACCUCAUGCUGUUUUUGAGUGAAUGGUUUGCGCGUAACAAUGUCUACGCUCAAUCGUUUAAAAUGAUGAGCGAAGUGGAGCAAAUGGAAAUAGCGGCAGCCCAGCGAGAAAAUCGGCAAACCAUACCAAUUCGCAUGGUAUUCGAUGACAGCAGAGAGCGGGGUUUUGCAAGAGGAGAGUACGCUAUUCCACUGCAAACGAAGUAG